GGCAGGUCAAGGCUGCGCCUGAGCUCCGUAUCCCCUCAGUCUCUUCCUCUGAUAAAACUCCCAUAUCCGUAAUAGUCCUCCCUCCCUCCCUCUCUCUCUCUCUCUGUGGGCAGAACCUGCCGCAACACCUGGUGCAGCUCAGAGGGUGUUCAGGUGAAUCCCCAGCGUGCCCCUGGCAGGACUUAUUUUGCUGUUGCAGAUUGGAAGAGGAUGCUUGUCUUUCUGGUUCUGUCCUUUGGCCUCCAUGCUAAAGCGCAGCCCUUACAGGAGAACACCGUGGCUCUUGAUCCUUGCUCUGCCUAUAUCAGUCUGAAUGAACCCUGGAGGAACACAGAAUACCAGUUCAACGAUUCUGUGGAUGAACCGGAGUGUGACAGCCGUGUCGAUGGAGAAUGGUACCGCUUCACUGCGAUGGCUGGGGAUGCCAUGCCCACCUUCUGUAUCCCGGAGAACCACUGUGGUACCCACGCCCCGAUCUGGCUGAAUGGCAGCCACCCUCAGGAGUCAGAUGGCAUUGUCCAAAGGCAGGCCUGUGCAACCUUCAAUGGAAACUGCUGCCUCUGGAACACAACGAUCCAGGUCAAGGCAUGCCCAGGAGGCUAUUACGUCUACCGCUUAACCAAGCCCAGGGCCUGCUACCAUGCCUACUGUGGGCAUUUCUAUGACAUUUGUGACGUGGUUGAUUGCCGGGGGUCCUGUUUGGAUGUGGAAGAUUGCACGUGCUCUUUGGGAACAAUACUGGGACCAGAUGGACAGUCCUGCCUUGAUGAAAAUGAAUGUGACAGAAAUAAUGGAGGCUGCAGUGAGCUCUGCGUGAACCUGAAGAAUUCCUACCGCUGUGAAUGUGGCGUUGGGCGUGUUCUGGGGAAGGAUGGAAAGAGCUGUGAAGAAAUUGAAGGAUGCCACAACAACAAUGGCGGAUGCAGCCAUACUUGUGUCACGGUGAGAGACACCUACCGGUGUGAGUGCCCACGUGGCCUUGUCUUGUCAGAGGACGACCACACCUGCCAAGUCCCGGUCCUGUGCAAGUCUACCUCCAUUGAGGUGAACAUCCCUAAGGACCUUGUAGGAGGGAUGGACCUCUGGCUCAUCAAUGGCUCCUGCAGAGGUGUAUCCAAUGGCACCCAUGUGAACAUCAUCUUCUCCCUGAAAUCCUGUGGUACCACCAUAGAUGUAGUCAAUGACAAGAUCAUCGCUACCAAUAUGGUGACUGGCUUGCCAAAGCAAACCCCUGGCAGCAAUGGGGAUGUCAUCGUCCGCACAGGCAAGCUAUUGAUCCCCAUCACGUGUGAAUUCCCUCGCCGUUACAUCAUCUCAGAGGGCUACAUCCCCAACAUUAAGAACCCACCGCUGGAGAUCAUGGGCCGCAACCGGGGUGUCUUCCCCUUCAUGCUCGAGAUAUUCAAAGACAAAGAGUUUGAAGAGUCAUACCGGGAUACUGUCCCUACCCUUAAACUCCAAGAUUCUUUGUAUUUUGGGAUCGAGCCCUUGGUGCACGUGAAUGGCCUUGAGACUUUAGUGGAAAGCUGUUUUGCCACCCCUACGUCCAAGUCUGAUGAGGUCCUGAAGUACUACCUAAUUCAAGAUGGCUGUGUUUCCGAUGAUUCUGUGAAGCAAUACGCGUCCAGGGAUCAUCUUGCUAAGCACUUCCAGGUGCCAGUGUUCAAAUUUGUGGGCAAAGACAACAAGGAAGUGUUCCUGCACUGCCGUGUCCUUGUGUGUGGAGCGAGAGAUGAAAGCUCUCGCUGUGCGCAAGGUUGCCGCAGACGGAUGCGCAGAUGGACUGAGGCAGAGGAGGCAGAAGCCAGUCCCGUGGCUAAUCGCAUCUUGACGGGUGGCCCAAUUCGAAUCGAUGUGGAGGAGUAGGUCUGUCUUGUGAAUAGAAGCUUUCCCCCAUGUAUCUGUAAUAGUGAACUGUAGUUGGAGUCUGCUUUAAAACCAAAAGAGAAAGAUCAGCUUUCUCUAACCGUGCCCACUAAAUGGAUUGGACUAUGACUCCAGAAUUGCCUGUAUAGCAUAUGCUGACGGUUGUAGUCCAACCCACUAGCCAGGGUGCCUAAUCCCACUCGGCUGAGGAAGGCUGAGUUUUCUCCAGUCUUAUAGUAGUGGAAGAUUAAGUUAUAUUAAUGCCAGUUACAGGAGCUGGCAUUGUUCUGUCUGUAGUUGCCCAGCCACUAGCAGCACUAGCACGAUAGUACAAACAGCAUGUUGGCUACAUGUGGGUAGGCAGUGCCUUGCACAAGGUCUUGCACAAGCAGAACCAAUGUAUUUUUGUAAUUUGACACUUACUUAAGGAUGAAAACAGGAUUCCUGAAGGCAAUAGAAGCUUUGCACUAGCAGAAUGCCACGCCAUUGGAUACAAGCCCUUGUGAUUACAACUUUUUCAUUGAAAUCCCAACUUGCUUAUGUAAAACUCAAAUGCAAUCUGCUUCCAAAGCUUAUUUGAUAGCUUUCAUGUGAUUGAAUUAAUCACUUGCUUCAGAGGACCAAAAUGGUACCAAUGUCCAUUGGAAAUUAUUUAUUCAAAGAACAAUUAAAGUAUCAAGCUAAUCACUUAAGUAGGAGUUCUGAGUUUUAUCUACAAUGACAUGGAGAUAAAAACUAGGGAGAGGACACUGGCUACCAUGGACCAACAACUUAAACUGGCGCAUGAGCACACCAGUUUAUUUGUUUUGCAUUAAAAUCAACAGAGAGUGAUUUAAAAAAAAUGUUUUCACGGAUCUAGCUAUUUUGAAUGUCAUAUUAGCAUUUUGAUAGAUACUGAAAUUCUACAGCAAGGGAUCUUCAAAAAGUGAAGGGAACAAAUGGCAUAAUUUGCAAUCUGAACAAAUUUUGGGACCUUUCACAAAGCAGAUUAAUGCACAGGUAUUCAAAUAUCAGCAUAUCUUAUUUCCCUUCUGUCAAAGAUGGCUUUGUGAUCAAUGAUGCUAAUGCAAUUAAUUUGACUUACUGAAUUUACAGAAGAGGAACUAGUGAUAUUAAAUCACCAUUUCCUUUUUCAGCAAAUUAUAUGGAAUUCGUUAAUAUAAAAUUUAGAACUUUUUCACUGCAAUCCUCAAACUGCCUCUGGCAGAAUAGUCCAGAAUACCCUUUUUCUUUCUGUUCAACAUUGUUUCAUUCUUGUCUCUUCACUUUCAUUUUUGUGGAAGUCUUGAGAGGUGGCAGAUUGUAACCUAAAGACUUGUUUGUGUGAACUCUCAGCACUGAGCCAGUGCACUAGGCAUUCAAUCUAUAUAAUUCACACUGAAGAAACCAAAGCACCUUUGGAAACAGGUGCCAACACCUACAGUGCUGAAAAUUACACAUCUUUAACUUGUUUAAAUGUGCAUUGCUAGAAAGAACCCACAGUCUUAUCAUUUCUGAGCAGACAGUGGGUAUCCUUGUGGUCCCCCUCCUCCUUCCAACUCAUUCUUAGUUUAUGGAAUAUUUUCCAUUUUGCAUCGGUCAGAUCACUCUUGUUCUGCUGUCAAGUACAACCAUUGUGAGAGAUUAAAAAGGAUGAUGUCUGAAUUUUUUUCAUUGGGGACUACAUGGGAGACCACAACUAGCAGGGGCAAAAAUGGCCUUGAAUUCCCCAUAUUUGCCCAGCACUUGAGAGCUUCAGCUGUUGGGCAGUACAGAAAAUAAAUAAAUGAUAAUGCAAAUAUUG